AUGUCCUACAAAAUCUCCGCCCCCGACGAGUUCCUCGCCAUCACCGGCAUGGGCAUCGUCAACGUCAAAAUCACAAAGGCCGCCUGGGUGUGGCCCAUGCAGCGGUGCACGCGCUUCAGCGUGCAGCCGCAGGACUACGCCAUGGACCUGCUCGCCAUGACCAAGGAGAAGCUGCAGUUUGCGCUGCCCGUCGUCUUCACCGUCGGGCCCGACGUCAACUCGCGCGGCACCGACGCCGCCUCCGACGCCCUCACCAAGUACGUCACCCUCCUCAGCCAGAGCGACGAAAAGGACGGCAAGGCCGACCGCGAGGAGAAGCUCCGCCACGUCGCCAACAUUGUCAAGGGCAUCAUCGAGGGCGAGACGCGCGUCCUCGUCUCGAGCAUGACCAUGGAGGAGAUUUUCACCGAGCGCGAAAUGUUCAAGAAGCGCAUCUUUCGCAACAUUCAGGGCGAGCUGGACCAGUUUGGCCUGCGCAUCUGGAACUCGAAUGUCAAAGAACUCAAAGACGCUCCCAACUCAAACUACUUCGAGUCCCUCUCCCGCAAGGCCCACGAGGGCGCGACCAACCAGGCGCGCAUCGACGUCGCCGAGGCGCAGCUCAAGGGCAACGUGGGCGAGUCGGCGCGUCGCGGCGAGCAGGAGCGGGAGAUUGCCAAGAUCCACGCCGAGACGGCGGUGGCCAAGACGGAGCGGGACAUUGAGCGGGCGACGGCGGUGGCGCGGCUCAGCACGCAGCAGGCGGCGCUGGACCGCGACGUGGACAUUGCCAAGGUGACGGCGCAGCGCACGAUCCAGUCGACCGACGAGGAGCUCAAGAAGGAGAUGGAGAUGAAGCGCGCGGCGGCGGAGCUGGAGCGCCUGCGCGCGACGGACCUCGUCAAGGCCACCAUCAUCCGCGAGAGCAAGCAGCAGGCCGCCGACGCCGCCGCGUACGAGGUCGCCGCCGCCGCCCGCGCCCAGCAAGAGGCCCGCCAGCGCGAGGCCGACGCCGACGCCUACCGCGUCCGCCAGGAGGCCGACGCCGCCGGCUACGCCACCCAGCAGCUCGCCGACGCCGACAUUGUCCGCCGCCUCAAGGAGGCCGAGGGCCUCGCCGCAUUGGCCGAGGCCUACGCCAAGAUGGCCGCCGCGUUUGGCGGCCCCGCCGGCCUCCUGCAGUGGGUCAUGCUCGAAAAGGGCACCUUUGUCGAGCUGGCCCAGGCCAACGCCGACGCCAUCCGCGGCCUCGAGCCCAAAAUCUCCGUCUGGAACACCGGCAGCAGCAGCGGCACCGGCAACAGCAGCGAUCCCGCAGAGACGAUGCGCAACGUCUACCAGAUGCUGCCCCCGCUCAUGAGCACCAUCAAUGAGCAGACGGGCAUCACCCUCCCCGAGUGGCAGUUUGGCAAGCUGGCUGCCGCACAACAGGCUCUGCAGCACGAGGGCGCGGCCAAUGCCGCUCAUUGA